AUGGCUUCAUUCAUCAAACCAUCAAUCAUUAGGCAGACUUGCCUCGCUGCGUCGAAGCGCAAUUUCUCUACAAAGAUCCCCUCCAAUUUCCCCGCAAUCAACAAGCCCGCUGGUCGCAGUACUUUUGUUCGAGAUGCAUUGCCAGGUUCAAUGCGUGUAGCGGCAUUCCAUGCAAGUGGCAGACAAUCAAUUCUACCCCCAUUACCCCAAUCUAUUGAUGGAACUUCAAACGACGCAGCACCCGUACCUAAGCCAUCCCCAUCCCACGGCUCUUACCACUGGACUUUCGAGCGUUUGAUCGCCGUUGGUCUCGUUCCUCUCACAGUCGCCCCCUUCGUUUCCGGAUCAUUGAAUCCAGCUACCGAUGCUCUUCUUUGCGCGGCUAUUCUUAUCCACUCACAUAUUGGUUUCGAGUCGUGUAUUAUCGAUUAUUUCCCAGCAAAGAGAGUGCCAAAAACUAAAGCGUUAUUUUGGUGGGGCUUGAGGGGAGCAACUGUUUUGGUUGGAGUUGGAUUGUACGAGUUCGAAACAAAUGAUGUCGGAGUUACUGAGGGUAUCAAGAGAAUUUGGCGCGCAUAAGAGGGCCGGGAGGAGUUUGUAUUAUUCAAGAAUAAGCAGCGUACGCGCAGUACAAUAUCAAGGCUGUCCAACACAUGUCGCUUUAGGUUCUGUCAAGUGAGAUCGCCAUUUGCCUAGAAUUUUGAGUGUUUGUACAGCAAAAUACGGGCUCUCAUGGUCUUUUUUCAAUCUUGAAAAGUAACAUCAAAGCAAAGUAUAUUGGCA